AUGGCGAUCACGGUGAGGCGGUCCACGAUGGUGCGGCCGGCGGUGGAGAGGCCGCGGGAGAGGCUCUGGAACUCCAACCUCGACCUCGUCGUGCCGCGCUUCCACACGCCCAGCGUCUACUUCUACCGCCGCCCCGAGGCGGGCGCGGACGGCUUCUUCGACGCCGACCGGAUGCGCCUCGCGCUGGCCGACGCGCUCGUGCCCUUCUACCCCAUGGCCGGCCGCCUCGCGCGCGACGAGGACGGCAGGGUCGAGAUCGACUGCAGCGGGGAGGGGGUGCUCUUCGUCGAGGCCGACGCGCCAGGCGCCGCCGUCGACGACUACGGGGACUUCGCGCCCACCAUGGACCUCAAGCGCCUCAUCCCGCCCGUCGACUACACCGACGACAUAUCCUCCUUCCCGCUCCUGGUGCUUCAGGUGACCUACUUCAAGUGUGGUGGCAUCUCCCUUGGUGUCGGAAUGCAACACCAUGUUGCUGAUGGCAUGUCUGGCUUGCAUUUCAUCAACUCGUGGUCUGACCUCUGCCGUGGAGCUAAAAUUGCUGUCACGCCCUUCAUCGACCGCACUCUCGUCCGUGCUCGUGAUCCACCGACUCCAUCUUACCCACAUAUUGAGUAUCAGCCUGCCCCAGCCAUGCUGUCGUCCGUGCCUCAGGCUCUAGGUGGCAAGCCAACGCCGCCUCCCACUGCUGUGGACAUCUUCAAGCUCACCCGCUCAGAGCUUGGCCGCCUACGUUCUCAGCUGCCCACAAGUGAAGGCGCUCCACGGUUCAGCACGUAUGCUGUUCUAGCUGCACACGUCUGGCGCUGCGUCUCCCUUGCGCGCAACCUGUCUCCUGAACAACCCACCAAGCUGUAUUGUGCCACCGAUGGGCGACAACGGCUGCAGCCCCCGCUGCCAGAGGGUUACUUUGGGAAUGUCAUCUUCACCGCCACCCCGCUCGCUGAGGCAGGCAAGGUUACGAGCGGGCUGGCAGAAGGAGCAGCGGUCAUCCAGGGAGCGCUAGACAGGAUGACCAGCGACUACUGCCAAUCAGCCCUGGACUACCUGGAGAUGCAGCCGGACCUGUCAGCAUUGGUCCGUGGAGCGCACACUUUCCGGUGCCCCAACCUCGGCCUCACCAGCUGGGUGCGCCUGCCGAUCCAUGAUGCCGAUUUCGGCUGGGGUCGGCCGGUGUUCAUGGGUCCUGGCGGCAUCGCGUACGAGGGGCUGGCGUUCGUCCUCCCGAGCGCGGCCAAGGACGGCAGCCUGUCCAUCGCCAUCUCAUUGCAGGCGGAGCACAUGGAGAAGUUCAGGAAGCUGAUCCUUGAUGUGUAG